CAGAGGGCGGGGUUUCACCACCUUGGCCCCACCCUCUUUUCCCAGUCAUAGUUCCACAAACUAACUGAGGCCGCGUUAGUCUACUCCUGGUUGCUCGAUAGAAAAUCUGCCCUUAUUGUAAAACGCAGAAAAACGAUAAUGUCGAGAAAGAGACGAGAAAGGAGUAGCUAGCUGACUUCUUCCAAACAGGCUGUGACAGUACGCUUAAAGAAGUGGCAAAACCGUGGGCGGUGUGUGAAUCAAUAUCCGACCUUGUCCUGGUCAAGCGCUGGAUGGCCUCCAUGGUGACUGCAAAAGCAGAUAAACGGCUUCCACCUGAAGAUGCUAUCGUCAGCCCGAAUGCCAAGAAACCGAGGAAGCUGCUUCCCAGCCUGAAGACCAAGCGGGCUCCAGAACUGGUUCUGGUUAUCGGGACUGGGGUGAGCUCAGCAGUGGCACCCCAGGUGCCAGCGCUGCGCUCCUGGAAGGGGCUCAUCCAGGCCCUCCUGGAUGCUGCGAAUGACUUUGACUUGCUCGAGGAGGAGGAGAGCCGACGCUUCCAGAAAAGCCUCCAGGAAGACAAAAACCUGGUUCAUGUGGCCCAUGACCUCAUCCAGAAGCUCUCCCCACGCACUGGCAACGUCCGCUCCACUUUCUUCAAGGACUGCCUAUAUGAGGUGUUCGAUGACCUGGAGAGCAAGAUGGAGAAUGCUGGGAAGUACCUGUUGCGCUCAGUGCUGCAGCUCAUGGAGAGUGGAGCUCUGGUGCUCACCACCAAUUUCGACAACCUGCUGGAGAUCUAUGCUGCACAUCAGGGCACAAAACUUGAGUCACUGGACCUCACCGAUGAGAAGAAGGUGCUAGAGUGGGCCCAGGAGAAGAGACGGCUCAGUGUGCUGCAUAUCCACGGCGUCUACACCAACCCAUGUGGUAUCGUGUUGCACCCUGCUGGGUACCAAAAUGUUUUGAGAAACACUGAGGUCAUGAGAGAGAUUCAGAAACUGUACGAGACCAAGUCAUUUGUGUUCCUUGGCUGCGGGCGCACAGUGGAUGACACCACCUUCCAGGCCCUUUUCUUGGAGGCGGUGAAGCACAAAUCGGACCUGGAGCACUUCAUGCUGGUGCGCCGUGAAGAUGUGGGUGAAUUCAAGAAGCUCCGUGACAACAUGCUGGAUAAGGGCAUCAAGGUCAUUUCAUACGGCAAUGAGUAUGCCGACCUGCCUGAGUACUUUGAGCGUCUGGCCAACGAGAUCUGCACACGUGACGCAGGUUUGGUCAGUCAGGAAACUGAAGAAAAUCAGAAUGGAAUCAGUUCACAGAAGAGUCCCCUCCAAGAUGAUCUUUCUUGACAAACUAAAGACCAGAAGAAUUUGUGAGUUCCUACUGCUACUUAAGCCUGCACGAAUCCUCAGGUCUGAUGAGAGAAACUUGGCCCAGAAGAGAACCCCAUCUGUUUUGUCCGAUUUCUUUCUAAAAGGGAAAAUGAAGAGAAGUGGCUGAAAAAGCCAAGCAGUAAAGUGAAAGGGACAGUCAUACACAACCUCCAGGCACAAGCAAUCCUCAGAGCCUGGAAACAAGAAGCUGUGGUGUGCAAAAAAGGUGACCACGAAGCUCUUUCAGUAGUGGCGCUACACUGCAAUGUAAAGGUAAUGUUCAAAGGGUCCUCCAGUCUGAAUGAGUGUCAACAGGAAAGGCCUGCGGCAUAGAUGUGUUUCGUGUUCACAUAUCCAAAUUCCACCUCCAUCAGUUUCCCACAGAGGGUAUUGUUACAAUGUUGUACAGGACAAGUAUGUGAACAUGCAGCCAUGGUAUGAUGCACUUUUUUUCCAUACUCCUACAUAUUGUACAGGCAGUCAUUACAGUACAUCUGAGUUACAUAAGGCUACACAAAUUCCUCAUGCCAUCAACGAGCCGGUUUGGACCGCUGACCUCAACAUUCUGAUAAGAUUGUAAUUACACAGCCAACUCUGCUGGAAAAC